AUGCGUGCCAGCCAUAUGCUGCUUUGCCCUCACAUAAAAUGCUCAGCUCACAGUCGGUUGGACGGCUUAGCCCGGGAAAUUGUGAAGAGCAACGAUGCCAGUGCUGGGGUGACCAGGGCGGUAAGAGGAAGAAAACGGGAAGAAGCGAAGGGGCCGGGACGUGAGGUUGGGCUGGCCCGAGUCCCUCACCCCGGGGCUUUGGCUGCGGAGCUCCUCGGGGGAACAAAGAGCAGCUCUUCGCUGGCAGCCGCCUCGCCAGAAAACCCCGCAGAGAGGAUUUCCUUCCGCUUCGGCUCCAAAGAUUUUGCUGUUGUGUUUUGCGGCCGGGAAGAACAAAAGCUCGGGGUUGCAAGCUGGCUCCUGCCAGGGUCUCCCCUGCCCCCCUGCCGGCUGCUGGGCGAUGCAGGCGGCCUCAAGCCGGACCGUGCUGUGCCAGGCUCCUGCCACGGAGCCACGCUGAAGCUGUGGAACAAGUACAGAGUCUCUAACAUUCCUUCCCUGAUAUUUAUCGAUGCCUCCACCGGGAAGGUGGUUUGCAGGAAUGGGCUCCUGGUAAUCCGAGAUGACCCAGAAGGUCUGGAGUUCCCCUGGGGGCCAAAACCCUUCUGUGAAGUUGUUGCUGGGCCUCUGCUAAGGAACAACGGCCAGACGCUAGACAGCGCUGCCCUGGAGGGCUCACACGUUGGGGUCUAUUUCUCCGCGCACUGGUGCCCGCCGUGCCGAAGCCUCACAAGGGUCCUGGUGGAGUCCUACCGGAAAAUCAAGGAGGCAGGCCAGAAGUUUGAGAUACUCUUCGUUAGUGCAGACAGGUCAGAGGACUCCUUCAAGCAGUAUUUCAGUGAGAUGCCCUGGGUAGCUGUGCCGUACGCCGACGAGGCCAGACGGUCGCGCCUGAAUCGACUCUAUGGCAUACAAGGCAUCCCAACUCUCAUCGUCCUGGACCCCAAGGGAGAUGUGAUCACGCGGCAGGGGCGGGUGGAGGUGCUGAACGACGUCGAAUGCCGCGAGUUCCCCUGGCACCCCAAGCCCGUGCUGGAGCUGACGGACUCCAACGCUGUGCAGCUGAAUGAGGGCCCCUGCCUCGUUCUUUUUGUAGAUUCAGAGGAUGACGGAGAGUCGGAGGCAGCGAAACAACUGAUUCAGCCCAUAGCUGAAAAAAUCAUCGCCAAGUACAAAGCCAAAGACGAGGAGGCACCGCUGCUCUUCUUUGUGGCUGGCGAGGACGACAUGACUGAUUCUCUGCGGGAUUACACCAACCUGCCCGAGGCUGCGCCCCUGCUCACCAUCCUGGACAUGUCGGCCCGGGCCAAGUACGUGAUGGAUGUGGAGGAGAUCACGCCCGAGAUCGUGGAAGCCUUUGUCAGCGACUUUCUAGCGGACAAGCUAAAACCUGAGCCCAUCUAAGGGGGCUUCUGCACCAACAGACGUUAUUUAAAACUAGGUCUCUCUUCCGCCGCUCGUGGAUUCUCCAGCGUGUCCUCACGCCCGACCCAGUAUCCAACCUUCUUGUGGUGCCUUGUUUUACGCAGUGAAUCCUUCUCCUAAGCAAACUCCUUGAGAUGCACUUUCAGCAGGGAGUCGUUGGCGUUUGGAGACUUCGCUUGUGCUUCAUGGUGAUAUAUUCUCUAAUAACCAGGCCAGAACUGUUAUCGUAUUGUUACUUUAUACACGGCACUAGCUAGCAGGCAAAUCUUUUUGCAUGGUGUUCUUCCCAACGUAUGCAUCAGGCAGUGGAUGGGGUUCUCGGGGCUCUUUUCUUCUCCUUCUCCCCCUUCUUUCCUUUCCUAGCACCUCUGCUGACUAAAUGACUUUAAGGAAGCAAUAAGGAAACUGUCCCCUUCGCCCCUGGCCCGUCCUGCUUUCCCAUGCGAGUGCCCUGACGAGGCCGAGACAAAGUCUUAACUGCUGACAACCUCUGAAAGACCA